AUGGGCGGCGGGGCGGCGGCGGCGGUGGGCCCGCUGUGCAGCGCCGGCAGCCGCGGGCUGGUCUCCCUGCUGGGCGCCGUCCCGUGCCUGGCUUGCAAGCAGCCGCCUCGCCCCCGCCGCCGGGCCGCUGCUGCCGUCAUGAGCCUCCUGGCCAAGGAGAGCUGCCCCACCGCUGCAGCCGCCGCCUCUGGCCCGUCGGACACCUACCGGGGCUGGCUCUUCAAGUGGACCAACUACCUGAAGGGCUACCAGCGCCGCUGGUUCGUGCUCAGCCACGGGCUGCUGAGUUACUACAGGACUCAAGCGGAAAUGGCUCACACCUGCCGCGGAACCAUCAACCUGUCCAUGGCGCACAUCGACACGGAGGAUUCUUGCAACAUUGUCCUUUCUAACGGCGGGAGGACCUACCACUUGAAAGCGAGCUCGGAAGUGGAACGGCAGCGCUGGGUCACCGCCCUGGAGCUGGCCAAAACCCGGGCCAUCCGAAUCAGGAGCAACCAGUCAGGUAGACGUUGCACGUAUGUGGGAGUUCUCUGAAGAGGACCUCCCCUCU